AUGGGGAAGAGAGUGGCCAUCAUUGGAGCUGGGGUCAGUGGCCUGGCCUCCAUCAGGAGCUGUCUGGAGGAGGGGCUGGAGCCCACCUGCUUUGAGAGGAGUAAUGACAUUGGCGGCCUGUGGAAAUUCUCGGACCAAAUAGAGGAGGGCAGGGCCAGCAUUUACCAGUCAGUCUUCACCAACUCUUCCAAAGAGAUGAUGUGUUUCCCAGACUUCCCAUAUCCUGAAGACUUCCCCAACUUUAUGCACAACAGCAAGCUCCAGGAAUACAUCACUAUAUUUGCAAGAGAAAAGAACCUUCUGAAGUACAUACAGUUUGAGACACUUGUAUCCAGUAUAAAUAAAUGCCCUGAUUUCUUGACUACUGGCCAAUGGGAUGUUACCAUUAAGAAGAAUGGUAAAGAAGAAUCAGCUAUUUUUGAUGCUGUAAUGGUUUGUUCUGGGCAUCAUGUGUAUCCCAACCUACCAAAAGAGUCCUUUCCAGGACUAAAACGCUUCAAAGGCCAAUGCUUCCACAGCAGGGACUACAAGGAACCAGGCACAUGGAAGGGGAAACGAGUCCUAGUGAUUGGCAUGGGGAACUCGAGCUGUGACAUAGCUGCAGAACUCAGCCACACAGCUGAGCAGGUCAUCAUCAGCUCCAGAAGUGGAUCUUGGGUGAUGAGUCGAGUGGGAGAUGAUGGCUAUCCUUGGGACAUGAUGCUUAUUACUCGAUUUAAAACCCUCCUCAAGAACAACUUGCCAACAGCCAUCUCAGAUUGGUGGUACAUGAGGCAAAUGAACAUGAGAUUCAAGCACGAGAACUAUGGCUUGAUGCCUCUGAAUGGAACCCUCAGGAAAGAGCCUGUCUUCAAUGAUGACCUACCAGCUCGUAUCUUGUGUGGCACCUUGUCCAUCAAACCCAAUGUGAGGGAAUUCACAGAGACCUCAGCCAUUUUUGAAGAUGGCACCAUGUUUGAGGCCAUCGACUGUGUCAUCUUUGCAACAGGCUAUGGCUAUGCCUACCCCUUCCUAGAUGACUCCAUCAUCAAAAGCAGAGACAAUGAGGUCACCUUGUAUAAAGGCAUCUUCCCUCCUCAACUAGAGAAAUCAACCAUGGCAGUGAUUGGCCUUGUCCAGUCCCUUGGGGCUGCCAUCCCCACAGCUGACCUGCAGGCCCGCUGGGCAACACAAGUAAUCAAGGGAACUUGUACUUUACCUUCUGUAAAAGACAUGAUCGAUGAUAUUGAUGAGAAGAUGGGGGAGAAGUUCAAAUGGUUUGGCAAAAGAGAGACCAUACAGACGGAUUACAUCAAUUACAUGGAUGAGCUGGCCUCCUUCAUCGGGGCAAAGCCCAACAUCCCAUGGCUGUUCCUCACAGAUCCUAAGCUGGCCAUUGAAGUGUUCUUUGGUCCUUGCAGCCCCUACCAGUUCCGGUUAGUGGGCCCAGGGAGGUGGUCAGGGGCCAGGCAUGCCAUCCUGACCCAGUGGGACCGCUCACUGAAACCGAUGAAGACGCGAAUCGUCAGGGGUGUGCAGACACCUUGCUUGUUCUUCUGUCUGUUCAAACUCCUCGCCAUUCCCAUUCUGCUAAUGGCUCUUUGCUUUGUGCUGAUCUACUGA